CCUUCGCUCUGUGCGCCGGUGGAGAGGUGGAGGCGAGGUGGAGAGGUGCGGUGGGACGAUUGGAGAGUCCGCUGUUGACGUCAUGACGUCACCCCAGCAGCGUGUGGGACCCUGGUAGCCUCUUCGGCCCCCUCCUGUCCGGAGAGACAAGUUAUCUGGGAGGCAGCCGAAGGGCCAGUCACCUCCUCACAUCUUUUCCGCAUCUACCGAGAAUCACCGUAAUCCUUCCUGUAUGGUGGAUAUUAUUUUCAGCUCUUCUUUCUUGGAUGAUAUGGGGGAUCAUUCCAAAAAGAAGCCAGGAUUCGCGAUGUGUGUCGGAUGUGGAAGCCAGAUCCAUGACCAGUACAUACUCAGAGUGUCUCCCGACCUGGAGUGGCAUGCAGCCUGCCUGAAGUGUGCAGAGUGCAGCCAGUACCUGGAUGAGACGUGCACUUGCUUUGUCCGGGACGGAAAAACUUAUUGCAAAAGAGAUUAUGUAAGGCUCUUUGGAAUAAAAUGCGCAAAAUGUAACCUGGGCUUCAGCAGCAGCGACUUGGUGAUGCGGGCUCGGGAUAACGUCUAUCACAUCGAGUGCUUUCGGUGCUCGAUGUGCAGCAGGCAGCUGCUGCCGGGAGACGAGUUCUCCCUGCAGGAAGGGGAUCUGCUGUGCCGGGCGGACCACAGCAUGCUGCUGGAGAGGAGCUCCGCGGGGAGCCCCAUCAGUCCCGGACACAUCCACUCCAACAGACCGCUGCACAUGGCAGCAGACCCAGUGACGGUGCGGCAGGCCCCGCAUCGGAACCACGUUCACAAGCAGUCGGAGAAAACGACGCGCGUCAGGACGGUGCUGAACGAGAAGCAGCUGCACACGUUGCGGACCUGCUACAACGCGAACCCGCGGCCGGACGCGCUGAUGAAGGAGCAGCUGGUGGAAAUGACCGGCCUGAGCCCCAGAGUCAUCCGGGUCUGGUUCCAGAACAAGCGCUGCAAGGACAAGAAGAAAUCCAUCCUGAUGAAGCAGCUCCAGCAGCAGCAGCACAGUGAUAAGACUGUAAGCAUCUUCAACCUGCAAGGUCUUACAGGGACCCCUCUUGUCGCUGGGAGUCCCAUUCGGCAUGAAAGCACGGUGCAGGGGAACCCGGUGGAGGUUCAGACCUACCAACCUCCGUGGAAAGCCCUGAGCGACUUCGCCCUGCAGAGUGACCUGGACCAGCCAGCCUUUCAGCAACUGGUGUCCUUCUCAGAAUCAGGUUCUCUUGGGAACUCAUCUGGCAGCGACGUGACUUCCUUGUCCUCUCAGUUGCCGGACACCCCCAACAGUAUGGUUCCCAGCCCGGUGGAGACGUGAAACCUUACAGCUAUACCCCACCCUCCCUUCUCUUCACCACCAACACUAAGAUGACCACCACCUCCACCACCUCCUCCUGCAAGGACAGUUUGCAGCAUGAUCCCAGUCCCACCCAUCCCUGCAUGCGACCAGCUCAUCACGUGGCCUCAAACCAGAGAGGAGUUUUUUUGUUUCCUGAUGGAGAAAGGAACCAACAGAGCAACCAUUGACUUUGCUUUUUUGUUGCUUUUUUUGAGAACAAACACUAAGCAGAACAAUUGAUGCAUGAACGAAGAUGUACAGAGGAUCUCCAAA